AUGUCGCGUAGUAGCAGACUGAGGACCAGGCCGGAGGUCUCGGAGACGUCAAGAACCUCUAAGAAGUCCAAAAAAACAGAAGAACUGGAUACCUAUGGAUUAGUGGAAGAAAAUGGCGGACGUCCUUUUCAGCUCAUCGAAGGACUUCCUUCUUCUGAGGCAUUGCCACAGUAUAAGGCAACAUUAACACAUCCAUUAUCAGUGAGAGACUCGGCUGUUUUGUAUAGCUCGAUGUUGAGUUCCAGAAGGACCUGGAUUAGUUCAGAAAUGUUCGAUAUGUUGUGGUCAAAACAGUUUCUCAGUCCAGGAGAAAAACAGCGAUUAGAAGAAGAAGGAAUCGAUCCAGAAAGCGUAGAUGCAAGUGCUGCCAGGGAAAAAAUGCACAAACUGUGUGAUUGCGUUAUGUUCGGCGGACCACAUGCGUUCUCAGUCCGUCUUUUCAUUGUCAAGAAUGAGGAAACCGAGAAGAAGUGGAACGAUGCAAUUGAGCAGAAGAAACGCCGCAAAGAAGACCGAAAGAAACAAGAGCUAGAAGACAAGAAGAAGAAACAAGAACUUCGAAAGCAGCAGCAAUGGGUCAGAAAACAGGGUAGAGAUCAACCUCAGCCAUUUCCACAAACGUUGCAACUCAAGUCAUCUGUAACACCCGCCGGAGCAGGCUCUGGAUCAACGGUAGAAACGCAGCCGGAUGCCAGAAAACAGCCUGUCAAACGUCGCCAACGCAAAGACGAAGCCCUUCCUACUGCCAGAUCCCAAACGCCCCAACAGAGAAGAACUCUACACCAGUCUACCGAGGAUCAGAAGAUGAUCACUAACCUGAAUUUGAUGGCGCAGAAAAAUGCGGGACUCAACACUCUUAUGGUCAUUGUUGCUGGAGGGAGAGCAACGUCACAGCAGGUUGAAGAGUUCAAAAAGUACAUCGAAAAGGCUAGGAAAAUGCCAUCUCCUCUCGGUUGGAAGCCAGUCUCAUCUUCUCCAACUACGCUAACACCCCAAGAUACGACGGGUGUCUCAAACGCAGCACAACACAGCAUCGCUGAAAGAAAAAUCGCAGACAAAAGCCGUCCAAUAAUACCGCCGGAACUGCCAACUUCUAGAUUACCAGAAGCCCCCCAAGUUAAAGUGGAAAAUCCAACUACGGUUUCUGUCAAUGGGAGUGCGGAGCCGCGACAAAAGCGGAAAUAUACGAAGAGGAAGAACGUCGAUACCCCUCCAGAGCCCGAGGACAAAUCUAUGCAACUUACAACAUUUCAGCAAAAAUACAUGCACAAUGCUGAUAUUGUGUUUGAGUACGUUGAAAAUCCUAAUAAGAGAUACAGCUUCCCCAAAGAUGCGAUACUUGAGCCACUAGAUGAUGGAGAAUCGUACCUCAUGUCGUGGAUUUUAAUUCACAACCGUAAAGAAGUGGAAAAGUACAAGGAGAAGAGAGCCAAAAAGCUCGCAGCGGCCAAGAGCGACAAGAAAAACCCUGAGAAACCUGAAGAAGAAUACAACGUUUUUGAGGACCUUCAGUGUCCUGAACCGCUCUACACCACCAUGACGGUAAAACUUACAAACAUUCACAAAAAGUUUAAGACUAUCAUGAGCAAUUCCGUGAAUCCCGCCGAAAAAGUACGGAAACAUAUGUCAAUUAUUCUAGAGCGUGGUACUAGACUCACUGGCUACAAUCUAUGGUUUCAGUUGGACGCCUAUGAUGACAGUGAGUUGGCCGAAAACCUGAGAUGUGAAUUGAAAGAUUACGAAGCAGGUUUCAGGAGUAAGAGACAACGCAAACAGUUCUGA